AUGGAACAGCAAACCUUUCGCCGUCGCGGCCUAGGGCUCCGAGGCGUCGAUGAGCAACGAGUCUCACCAGGCUACGUCCUUUACUCCCCAUUGACAUCCAACACCGCGCACCUCGUCUCAACAUCCGGCGAGGAAGUUCACCGCUGGACACUCCCUCACCGCGCAGGACGUCAUGCACGACUCCUCCCCGAUGGCUCCCUCGCCUACAAUGGCGUGCACUCACACGCUCCAAGACUCUUCCCCAUGUGGGCCAAAUACCGUGGCGGCGUCAUGAUGCAGCUCGAUCCAAGCGGCAAUAUCCUCCGCCAGUACUCCGAUCCCUAUGCGCACCAUGACCAGAAUCACCUCGACGACGGAACAAUCCUCUACACUACCCUGGAGCCUCUGGGCGCCGCUGACGGUGCGCGCGUGCAGGGUGGGAUCACAGGCAGCGAGGCGCCCGGCGGUGUUGUAUACGCCGACUGCAUCAAGCUCGUGGAGCCAUGGUCAAAGUCUAAUACAUCGUCCUCGGCCGAUUUCGAAGGCGGAGGAACGGGCGGCGCGAAGCUGCUCUGGUCCUGGCGGGCAAUUGAUCAUCUAGACCCAGAGGCAUUUGCUGCGCACUCGCACUAUCCUCGUGAACACUGGCCGCUCAUCAACAGUGUUGCCUUCGACAGUGACGGAAACAUCAUCGCCUCGUCGCGUAAUGCCUCCUCCGUCUUCAUCAUUAGCCGUCAGACUGGUGAGGUGCUUUGGCAUCUCACUGCCCCUACCGUCGCCCAGCAGCACUGUGCGCACCAGAUUACACCAUCGGGUGAUAUCCUAAUCCUCGACAACGGAGUUUUCAGACCCGGAGUUUCGGUCCCCUUCUCGCGGGCGAUCGUUGUCUCGCGAGAAAAGGAGAUGAAGUGGGAAUACAAAGAUACAUCAACUGGAGGGCUAGGCUUCUUCACGCCGUUUAUGGGAUCGGCCCAGAAGCUGACAAAUGGGAAUGUGUUGAUCUCCGAGGCUGCUACGGGACGUAUCUUUGAGGUUACGGAGGGUGGGGAUUUAGUGUGGGAGUUUGUGGUGCCGCAGUUGCAGGAUUACAAGAAGGUCAUGGCGACGGAAGAGCUGGAGGAGAUGGAAAGGAUUGGGUUUUCGAAUCAGAGUAAUGCGAUUUUUAGGGCUUAUAAGUAUGCUCCGGAGCAGGUGCCUUGGCUCAAGGGGGGAGAAUUGUAA